AUGGCCGCAGAGUCUGGGGAGAAAGGAAGAUGGCUUCAGAGCGCGGGGAGACGGCAACAGAGACCGGCAAAUGGGAGUGGAGUUUGGUGUGACUGGCUAACGGCAGUGUACUCUGAGGAGAUUGGCAGACAGCUACAGAGAUGGGUAAAUGACACUGGUGUCUGGGGAGACUGGCAGAAAGCAGCGGAGUCUGAAGAGACUGGCAGAAGGUUGAUCAUCCGCAAGUUCAUUGUAAAUGUGGUCCAGCACUUCCCGGUAUUUAUAUUCACUGUCAAAAGUCAGAGAGCCCUCUGCAAUUCCAGUGAUUUCCGGAAUCCCUGUGUGCUUCUGUCCUAUUUGUUGUCCAUCUUGUUUAUGAACCCAGAACACAAUGUAUUUUGGUUUAAUGACUACAGCUUCAACAAGAAGCUACAGACAAACGGGGUUUGGCCUGUCGUGACGGACCAGAGGGCAAUGUUUUUGCGGGAGCUGGAGCGCAGUGAUGGGACGGUUCUGGCGAUUCAGCAGCUGAGCUCCGGAGACGUAGGCUGCGUGGUGUGGGACGCCGCUAUCGUACUAUCCAAGUUCCUGGAGGGCGAGGAGUUUGUGGGCCCUGGAUUCCAUAAGCUGAGGGGGAGAUCGGUUCUGGAGCUGGGGUCUGGCACCGGCAUUGUAGGGAUCAUGGCGGCAACCCUCGGGGCAGACGUCACGUUGACGGAUCUUGAAGACUUGAAGGACUUGAUGAACGUGAACAUUGAAAGCAACAAGGAUCUAAUCACCGGUAGCUGCCGAGCGAAGGUACUAAAAUGGGGUGAGGAUGUCACAGAGUUCCUGCCUUCACCUAACUACAUUUUGAUGGCGGACUGCAUAUACUAUGAAGAGUCCUUGUGUCUGCUGCUGAAGACCCUUAAAGAUCUCUGUAGCCUGGAGACUUGUAUCCUGUGCUGUUACGAACAAAGAACCACUGGGAAAAACCCUGAAAUUGAAAGAAGAUUUUUUGAGCUGCUGGGGGUUGACUUUGAGUUUGAAGAAGUACCUUUGGAGAAACACGAUGCAGAGUACCAGAGUGAAGACAUUCAUAUCCUGAGAGUUUAUAAGAAAAAAUAGGUAUCACUAUCCACAAUCUGCCUCAUAUUUACACAUUUCACAGGAAAGAUAAUUACCUCUUAGAAAUAGCAUACUUUCCAAAUGGCGGUUUAGCUCUUGUUGCGCUGGUGUGUGUUCUCUGGUUUGAUGCAUACAUUGUCAGCCAUGCCUGCGUAUUGCACUGUUCAGAAUCUGCUCUAGUUUCUAACUGCACUACGAGAAACAAAAUAUAUGAUUCAAAUAAAAUCCUUGGAUUUUUAGAAGGGUAACAUGGAAACAAUUCUGUUUGGAUACAGGCCCCAGCCGCGUGGCCAGCUUUGACUGCUUGCCACCAUUAAGCACAAGCUGCAGCAGAUCCAGAUGCCUCCAACCUGGUCACAGCCAUUCACCGGUUUUAUGGCGAUGGAGAAAAUGUGACGUCCAGGACCAGCGAGCAAAGCCCUGGAAAACGGUGCUGCUAGACAAGGAGCAAACUGGCACUGACUCUAUUGCUGGAAAAUAAUCUGUGGAUUAAGGCUGGAGCGCUUAUUCAGUUAAUGAAUGUGCUGUAACCAGCAAAUGUGUAAAUUAAAAUGUUAUUCAAACUUUUUUAUUCCCAGUUAAGUUCAAAAGGUUCAUUUUUUUAUUUUUUUUUAUUUUGCAAUAUAAAACGGUGAGAUCAAUAACGGCUGCCUUCUGUUCCCUUGCAAGCACGCUGUGUUUCGGAAAUAAAACGGAUUCUCUUUCAAUAAAUUGGUUCUUGUCA